AUGACCUGGAGACCCACUUCUUCCACUUUAACAUGUAAAAUUUGCUGUGAACCAGCACAUGGAGUUCAUUUCGGUGUUGCUUCCUGCCGAGCAUGUGCAGCUUUUUUUAGAAGAACCACAGUACUCGGGAAAAAAUACUCUUGUCGUCUAAAAAACGAACAGUGCACUACAAACAAUGAGGAUAGGUUUAAUUGUAGAUAUUGUCGCUACCAAAAGUGUUUAUCGUGUGGAAUGACUCCUGAAAGUAACUGUUCAUUAUACAAAGAACCAUCCCCAAAAAUGAAAGCCGAGUAUCUAGAUCAUCCGACUGAUCCUAGUCCUCCUCUUGAAAUGGAACAACCAACAUGUGCUCGACAGACUAAAGAUGUAACUUAUGAAGUGCAAACGGAUGAAAAAGGAGAACCAAUCGUGAAGUUAGAUAUAACUGGACUUCUGAACAACAUCACUUCCGUUCUGGAUGAUUUUAUUCCGUCAGACGAUGUUAGAGAUUUGAACACACUAACAAGAAUGAACCAUGCGUUGAUAGAAUAUAGACAGAUACAUCAUAGUAAUGUGAUCAAAUUUGUUCAAACAAUAUCUAUGCGAGAAAUUUUGAUGACUGGAAACGAUCAAAUUAAGUCAAUAACAAAGUUUCUCAUGCACUCAGUUCCAUUUCGAUCUCUACGAAACGAAGACCAAAUGCAAAUGCUCAAAUCCAUUUGGGUUCAAUGGAAACGUCUGGAACGAUACGUAUCAACAGCUCAAAUAUUUGGAAAACGAAUGUACGAAGAUCAAAUUGUGACAUUAGUUCCUGGGUUAGCUGCGUAUCUGAACAAAAUUCAUGUGGACUGUGCUGCUUUUAUCUACAAGAAAGCGGAAGGAAUGAAGUUUUUCAUGGAGAAUUUCAAUACGCGGAUGAUGGAAGAAGUUGGUAAACCAUUGGUGGAAUUGGAGUUGACCAGUGUGGAAACUGCUUUCAUGUUGGCUCAAAUGUCCUGGCAGGUUGCCGGAAAAGAACUGCAAGGAGAUGUUCUGAAAGCUAGUGAAUCAGAACAAGAAACAUUAGCCAAUGAACUUCAUAUUUACUACAUCGAAGAACUUCGACUACCCAAUUAUGCAUCUAGACUUAUUAAAAUCAUGAACAUUAUAAAUGCAGCACAGAAAAUUCAUUUUGAGCGACAAAGCUUCAUGGAUCUCGUUAGGAUUUUCGACUUCUUCCGGGUUCAUGUUUCUGAUCCCGAAAUUUAUAAAGCCUAUUUCUAA